GUCACUUCCUGGGACGACAGCAGCUGAAUGUGCGUCAAACUUGAAGAAGAUUUAUACAGUACAAACAGUACAGGAUUUCUGGAGUGUCUACAACAACAUUCCUCCUGUGACAAAUUUGCCUCUGAGAUGUAGUUAUCAUCUAAUGCGGGGAGAAAGACGGCCGCUUUGGGAAGAAGAAAGCAAUGCCAAAGGAGGUAUAUGGAAAAUGAAGGUCCCUAAAGAAAGUACGGCUGCAGUUUGGAAAGAGCUUCUGUUAGCAACUAUUGGAGAGCAGUUUACAGAUUGUUGUGCAGCAGAUGAUGAAGUAAUAGGGGUUAGCGUCAGCGUUCGUGACCGUGAAGAUGUUGUGCAAGUCUGGAACGUGAAUGCCUCUUCAGCAAGUGAAGCAAAAGUUUUAGAAAAGAUACAUAAACUUCUGCCACACACAUCUUUUAAAGCAGUGUUUUAUAAAUCACACAGAGAGCAUCAUGCUUUUGAAGGCCGACGGGGAAAACAUUAA